AGUCCACAUGAACGGCGUCGUAGUCGAAGCAGAGAGCGCCGAAGUCGCGACGAUAGACGACGACGUGAUGAGAGAGAUAAACAUGCUCAAGGGGGAGGCGAGCUUCAAGUCAGUUCCCGUUCGGCUACGACUCUGAAGUCCAUAGCCGGAUCUGAUUCGUUCGACCUCCCAAAGCCUGUUAUGUUUUCAGAGCCCAUUUCUCUCGAUCAGCUGGUGAAUUGCGAACAGGAUAUUUCCACGCUGAUGGGUUUCACAGGGUUCAAUACGACGAAAAAUAAAAAGGUGCACGUCAAUUACGAUGGUGCUGUCAAAAUCAAUAAACCUCGCCGUUAUCGCCAGUACAUGAACAGAAAAGGUGGAUUCAAUCGGCCACUCGACUAUAUUGCCGAAGUACUGCCAACUAUGACGAAUUGUAUUGGAAGUGUGAUAUCAGUGGACUGUGGAGAGUUCGGCUACUAUCAAGGAAGGCUCAUAUCGCUUGAUGCUGAGUCGAAGGACAUUGUUCUAGGAUCAGCAUUCAAAGAAGGUAUCCCUCUUGGCAAAAAUGUUACUUUGAAUGGAGCGCAAAUAGUUAGCCUCAAAGUGCUCAAACCAGCACAGCAAGUGGCGGAGGCUCACAAAAAAGAUGUUCAAAAAAGCAAUGGAGUGAAGCAGAAUGGUUCCAUUGUUCACAGAAGCAAGAGUACAAUUGAAUUCAGUAGCAUGGAUGCCUCUUCUCAGAAUCGGAAUCGUGUAGGAGGUCUACAAGCGCGCUCUUCGACCACUAUGCAAAGCAAACCAAUUAGAGCAGCUGUACAAAGGAAACCUAGCUCCGUCAGUUCCACAAGCGAAGAGGGACAAAACAUAAACCCUGAUGUUUCUUCAAAAGCUAGACGAAGAAGUCGACGAGUCAGACGAUCGGAGUCUGAACAUAUCCACAGCCAUCCUUUAGGCGUUUCCGAAACGCCCCACUUCCGCAGCUUUGAACCUCAAGUGCCGUUACCUCGCGAAGUUCUUGUAGCUAAAGUGAAAAACCGAGGAAAAACAAAGGGGCCUAGUGGUAAUCCACUGCUAGACUCUAAAAAACUACAUGGUCGAAUAGCAAAUGGCAAUGAUGAAUUGGUCAAGCCGAUCGAUUUUGACUUGCUUAAUACAGAUUUUGAUUUCGAUGCAAAUUUGGAGCAGUUCAAACGUGAGAAUGAGGAGGACGAGUAUUACGAGACAGUUGAGAAGCAAAAGAUGUCUCAAAAUUUUGCUCACUACGAAAACAUCAUCGCUGAUCCCACAAGGGUUACUUCGUGGACAAAUGUUCUCGGAGGUAGUAAUCACAUAGGAAAUUCCGAUCAAACAAAUGCCACUACAGGGUCUGCUAUGGAACGGCGCUCCCCGCCAACUCGAUCCAUUUCUUUUUGCCCGAGCGGUUACGAGACUACAUACGACGGUUUUCCACUGCCCGUUUUAGAUGUGGCGCUCAAGAAGAAAUACUUAAGUGAAUGCUGUUCAGCUAUGGGAUCAGAUGUAUACUAUUACAUGGUCGCCGAUAGAUUGAUUAUGUGGCUAAUAGAUGUUGUGGGGAGGCUUGGAAUAACCCUUGAUCGGACUGUUGUUUUGGCAUCGUCGACGACUCCUUUGAGAUUGGUCGACCGUAUACUGUCACAUCUCGACAAUAGAGGGUUAGUCUUUUCAUUUUCUCAACUUCUCAAACUUUUAUUUGCUUUUCUAAUUGCCCAAAGGCUUGCUUCUCCCUCUGCAGCUACUCACUACUACUGGCUACUUGGCUAG